AUGGCACCGCAAAUUGUACUCCACAGUUGGGCUACUCCCAACGGAGUAAAAGCGUCGAUUGCACUCGAAGAGCUUGGUCUCCUAUACAAGAAUGAACCGGUUAAUAUACACACCAAUGAGCAAAAGAAAGAACCGUAUCUCACACAAUUCAAAUCUUGCAGGUGGUUCUUGAAAAUCAAUCCAAAUGGGCGAAUUCCGGGAUUGGUUGACAAUGAAAACCGAAUCUUUGAGAGUGGAGCAAUUCUGCUGUAUCUCACGGACAGGACAAAUAUGAUCUUGAAGGGAACAUAA